CGUACGUCCGGAACAUUGAUAUCGAAACCGAGUUCGGAGACGCAUUUCUAACUUCUUUGGUUUUAUUUGCUCAAAUUGUUGUGUCAUUUCUCUACGAUCAUUAUAAAUUGUGUCUGAUACGGUAAACGUUGAUUUUGUCAACAAGGUAAACAACCCCCCAGCAGCUAAGAUGUCGCGACUUUACCCCACGCUCGAGGACAUGGCUGUCGACAAGAUGCAGCAAGCCCAGAUGCAUGCUAACCAGGCAUACCAGGAGCAGGCGGCCGCCCACGCUCAAGCCGCCCUGCAAGACGGCAGCGCCCAGGUGGUGCCCCCUGCUUAUGGCACGGUGGCGACGGCGGCGCCCUCUGCGGUGCUCUACCCGUCGCUCGACGACUUCAUGGGCCUCGUCUUCACCGAUCCCGAGGUGCAGCGCAACCUGGUGGCGAUCCCGCAGAUGCAGCAGCAGGUCGCGGUUGCCACGGUGCCCGGCGCCGGGGGCAUGGUGGCGCCGCUGAGCGGCGGGAGCGUCGGGCUGCAGCGCGCCGAGGUGACGCACGGCAUCCGCGAGGUCGUGCUCUGCAAGGACGCGAAGGGUCUCGUCGGGCUUCGCGUGCGCGCCGUCAACAAGGGCGUGUUCGUCUCGCUCGUGCACGCCGGCACGCCCGCGGCGCUCGCCGGCCUCCGAUUCGGCGACCAGAUCCUGCAGCUGAACGGGCAGAACUGCGCCGGCUGGGACACCGACAAGGCGAUGGGCGCGUUCAAGAAGGCCGGCGGCGAGCGCAUCGCGCUGGCGGUGCGCGACCGGCCGUUCGAGCGCACGAUCACGAUGCACAAGGACAGCACGAACCACAUCGGCUUCGUCGUGAAGAACGGCAAGAUCACGGCGAUCACGAAGGACUCGUCCGCGGCGCGUAACGGCGUGCUCACCGAGCACAACCUGCUCGAGGUGAACGGCCAGAAUGUCGUCGGCAUGAAGGACAAGGAGAUCUCGCGCGCGAUCGACGUGGGAGAGCGCUCCGUCACCAUAACGAUCAUGCCCAGCUUCCUCUACGAGCACAUGAUGAAGUGCAUUAGCUCAAGCCUCGUGUCGAAGGUGAUGGAUCACUCCAUACCGGACGUGUGAGCGACGCGGCGGCGGCGGCGGCGACGAUGGCGACGGCGAAGACAGUGGAGACGAUGAUUGAGGCGUUAAAUUCUUGUACAUUUAUCACUAUUUUUUGCAUAUAUUCAAAGCUUUGUCCUACAGAACGUGCAUGUUGCUGUUUGUGAGGGGUUGAGAUGUUUGGGCGGACGAUGCUUGAGAGUGGGAUGUGCUAUUUUUCGGCAUAUGUUUCAUCCCGUGAAGUGUGAUCGUAAAUAAAUCACAGGUUGCUGGUUUUCAGUGUUGGGCACCGAGUGUGGUGGAGACAUGUUAGCCCUAGGAUAUUGUUAACCCGUCUAUCAUAACUGUCAUUCACUGUUAACAGCUGUUUAAACUUUGUGUUUAAAAUUGUAUACCAAUAUUGUCCCGCUUUGUGCUUAGGCGAGAAUAUGUGAUGAAUCUUUGAGCUACAGUCCUGAGGUAAAUUUGGUGUAAUUCUGACAUUAGCUUAUUGAUAUCAAAUUAAGCUUACUACGUGAUUCUUGUGCAUAAAUAUGUUAUUGCCAUUGCGUAAUCUUGCCAUCCACACAUAACUGUGUAACGGAGCAUAUAUGUAUUUGCGAUGUUGAUAGGCAGAAUGAAGGCUCUAGGCACACCUUGUGAACUUUGGACGGCACUCGAUCACGUCGAGUGCACGUUACUCAUGCACUGAUCAGUUCCGUAUUGCUUCCGGUUAUUAUGCAUGGCGGCCACGCUUUAUUAUUAGUUAUUUUUAAUUGAGUAAUUAUAUGCAGGCUUGUAGUGCUUUCUUUUCUAGAAUUUUAUUCCCCAUCAACUCUAUUGUAUUACGCAGGGAUAUAGAGGAGCCUGUAUGACAGUCCAAUGUUUUCCAAUCAGUAUAUUUGAUGUUUACUAUUUUUGUAUGAAAUGCACGUGUCUUUUUUCUCUGAGGCUCAGUCAGUUUUUGUCAGUUGAUGAGUGGAUACAUGCACUCAGUAAAAUUGUUUUGUUGUAUAAUGUGCAGACCUAUAUCAGUAAAUAUCUAUCAUAUGUGUAAUAUAUAGAUGAAUAUAAUAGACUAUCAAAGUACCUAA